AGUCCAUAAUCUGCCAUGACCUGAGCAGCAGUAAGGAUGCCAGGGGGCCAGUACCAGGUGUCCACCAGGAGGAAGACUCUCCACAGCCGCUAUAGCCUGUCAGUCAGCUCGUUAGGUCGGCAGGAUGAGGAGGAGGAUACCCCGCCCCUAUGCCUCACCCCCCUGGAGAAGCUCACCAUCAAAAUGUGUCAGGAUGAGCAGACCAUCAAGGAGCUGAUUGUGGGCCGUAGGAUUGGUUUCUACAAGGUCCGUGGUGAGAUCGGCUCUGGAACCUUCUCCCACGUCAAAAUGGCCUUCCACGCCCUCACCAAAGGUAAAGGCCACACUGCUGACCGUGCAAAAUUGCAUCAACAAUUAAUCAGUGCAGCUGGUAUCAUCAUCCAUGUAAUGAUGAUAACAGCAUAGCAAUUCAUUAAUGUGACUGUGAAACCACCACAGUAAAGCACAUUGAAAAUGAACUGAGGAAAACACCUGUCUCAAGUGUCCAACACCUCUCACCUUCUCUCCCCCCAGACAAGGUGGCCAUCAAGGUGCUGGAUAAGAUGCGGCUGGACGUUCAGGCCCAGAGGCUGCUCUCCAGGGAGAUCUCCAGCAUGGAGGCCCUGCAGCAUGCCAAUGUGGUGCGUCUGUACGAGGUGGUGGAGUCACACAGCCGCCUCUACCUGGUGCUGGAGUAUGCCGGGGGAGGGGACCUCCACACACACAUCUGCUCCGAGGGCAAGCUGUCAGAAGCCGAGGCCAAGAUCACCUUCGCACAAAUCCUAUCCGCCAUCAAACACAUGGUCCGUAGCAUUCAAUUGAAUACACAUACAGUGCCUUCGGAAAGUAUUCACACCCCUUGACUUUUUCAACAUUUUGUUACGUUACAGCCUUAUUCUAAAAUUGAUUAAACAAAUAAAAAUCCUCAGCAAUCCACACACAAUACCCCUUAAAGACAAAGAAAAACAGGUUUUUAGAAAUGUUUUGCAAAUUUAUAAUAAAGAAAAAACGGAAAUACCUUAUUUACAUAAGUACUCAGAACCUUUGCUAUGAGACUCGAAAUUGAGCUCAAGUGCAUCCUGUUUCCAUUGAUCAUCCUUGACAUGUUUAUACAACUUGAUUGGAGUUUACUUGUGGUAAAUUCAAUUGAUUGGACAUGAUUUGGAAAGGCACACAGCUGUCUAUAUAAGGUCCCACAGUUGACAGGGAAUGUCAGAGCAAAAACCAAGCCACGAGGCCGAAGGAAUUGUCCGUAGAGCUCCAAGACAGGAUUGUGUCGAGGCAUAGAUCUGGGGAAGGGUACCAAAACAUUUCUGCAGCAUUGAAGUCCCCAAGAACACAGUGGCCUCCAUUCUUAAAUGGAAGAAGUUUGGAACCACCAAGACUCUUCCUAGAACUGGUUGCCAGGCCAAACUGAGAAAUCGGGGGAGAAGGGCCUUGGUCAGGGAGGAGACCAAUAACCCAAUUGUCACUCUGACAGAGCUCUAGAGUUCCUCUGUGGAGAUGGGAGAACUUUCCAGAAGGACAACCAUCUCUGCAGCACUCCGCCAAUCAGGCUUUUAUGGUAGAGUGGCCAGACAGAAGCCACUCCUCAGUAAAAGGCACAUGACGGCCCGCUUGGAGUUUGCCAAAAGGCAACUAAAAACAAGAUUCUUUGGUCUGAUGAAACCAAGAUUGAACUCUUUGGCCUGAAUGCCAAGCGUCACGUCUGGAGGAAACCUGGCACCAUCCCUACGGUGAAGCGUGGUGGUGGCAGCAUCAUACUGUGGGGAUGUUUUUCAGCGGCAGGGACUUGGAGUCUAGUCAGGAUCGAGGCAAAGAUGAAUGGAGCAAAGUACAGAAAAAUCAUUGAUGAAAACCUGCUCCAGAGCUCUCAGGACCUCAGACUGGGGCAAAGGUUUACCUUCCAACAUGACAACGACCCUAAGCACACAGCCAAGACAACACAGGAGUGGCUUCGGGACAAGUCUCUGAAUGUCCUUGAGCAGCCCAGCCAGAGCCCGGACUUGAACCCGAUCGAACAUCUCUGGAGAGAUCUGAAAAUAGCUGUGCAGCAACGCUCCCCAUCCAACCUAACAGAGCUUGAGAGGAUCUGCAGAGAUGAAUGGGAGGAAACUCCCCAAAUACAGGUGUGCCAAGCUCAAGAAGAAUCGAGGCUGUAAUCGCUGCCAAAGGUGCUUCAACAAAGUAAAGGGUCUGAAUACUUAUGUAAAUGUCAUAUUUCAGUUUUUCAGUUUUUAUACAUUUUCAAAAAUUUCGAAAAAAAAACGUUUUGGAUUUGUCAUUAUGGGGUAUUGUGUGUAAUUUGAUGACGUAAAAAAGUAUUUAAUUUAGAACAAGGCUGUAAUGUAACAACAUGUGGAAAAAGUCAAGGGGUCUGAAUACUUUCCGAAUACACUGUUUACUGUAGGAUCAGCAAUGUGACCGCAGGUCUUAUUACAGUCCAAUACAGAGAUUCUUGAUAUAAAGGUAUUAUUUUAGUCAAUUUAAAUCAUCAAAUUAUUUCUUACAGUAUGUGUAUUGUUUUUGUUUGUAGCAUGACAAAAACAUAAUCCACCGGGACCUGAAGGCUGAGAAUGUACUGUACACCUGUAAUGGCUGUGUGAAGGUGGCUGACUUUGGCUUCAGCACCAUGGUCACCAACUGCAGCGACACCCUGGACACCUUCUGUGGCUCUCCCCCCUACGCCGCACCUGAACUCUUCAGGGACGAGUGCUAUGUGGGUCCGCCAGUGGACGUAUGGGCCAUGGGUGUCCUGCUCUUCUUCAUGGUGACUGGCACCAUGCCCUUCCGAGCCGACACCAUUGGCAAGCUGAGGCUUGCUGUUAUAGGGGGGGUCUACACCCUCCCGCCCUGGGUGCCAGGCCCAUGCCAGCGGCUGAUCCGGGGCAUCCUGAAGCCUGUGCCAGCGGAACGCUAUGCGGUGGACCAGAUGCUGGGCUGUGACUGGCUGCUUCCUGUGGAGUACCCGUGGACUGUGGUGCCACCGUUCCCCCUCAACCCUCUGCGCCUAGCGGAUGCAGAGCCAGGGGAGCUGGAUGAUGAGGAGGAGGAGAUCAGGGCCUCCCUGGAGGAGCUGGGUGUCAACAUGGAACACAUACGCAACAACGAGGGCAAGGAUAGCCGCAGCCCCAUCACCGGACUUUACCGCAUCCUCUUACACCGCGCCCAGAAAAGGCGUGGCGCCGAGACUGUGCCCGUGGUCGGAGGGUUGAUCCGGGACCCUAAGAGAGAGGGCCUCCGAGCCUACAGAGGUCUGAUGCACUCCUCCAGGUUAUGUGUCCUUCAGUAA